AUCGAUGACGUCAUUAUAAUACAAUGCCGGGUCCUUCAUGUACGUAGACACUGUGUAGCAACCACAGUGCUACAUCUUGUUGUAUGGCGUCCGGUUGUGUAUCUUCACAUUGCACUGCAGAGAUGCCCACAAGCGCCUGCAAAUCAUCACCAUCAGACGACAACCGCAACUCACUCGAUCUAGAAAGUGUGUGUGCAACAGCAUCAGCCCUUGCAGACAUCUAUAUCAACGAGCUACUCAACGAGUCUGCUCCAGACGCUGCAGCAUGUGCACGACCUCGUUUUGCGAGGAAAUUCGUGAGAUUGACUCGAGAGGUGGAGAUGCGGCACAAGAGAGAGUAUGAGGACAUGUGCAAGGGUCUGAUGAUCAACUCACAGACUGUCUAUCCGAUUUUUACACAGAUAAGUGGAGAGUUGUUCAAGAGUGGCGUCAACUGGGGACGCUUGUUGGGCUUGUAUGCAUUUGCUGGCGCUCUGUGUCGUGUAUGCAAUAGCAAUGGAAUGUCAAGUAUGGUGGCUGAGAUAAAGAUAUGGCUUGUUGCGUAUGUUAGAGGGAAUUUGGCGACGUGGAUUAUUGAUCAUGGAGGAUGGCCGGGAUUCGACGCGCAUUUCAAACUGACACAAGAGGAGAACACGUGGUUUUCUAAAAGUCGACUGAAAGUCUUAGGACUUACCGUACUCAGCGCUAUCACACUGUAUCUAGCAACAAAAGACUAACUUAAUAUUUUCAAAUUUUAUAAUCCUGUCAAAUAUGUAUAUUUAGUCAAUAAAUGCGUUGGAUCAUUUUGUCAAAA